CUCUAUGGUCGGGGAUACAUGGCAUUUCCUGUCAGUGUAAACAGAGAGAGAGAGAGUGAGAGUGAAUUGACCCGACAUGGCUUUAAUGCAGGAUCAUGAGCGAGUUUAGGUAAACACAGCAGCACCAGAGGACGCGUUUCUCCAUGAGAGAGGCGCUGGUGGUGCUGAUGAAUGUGGCGGCGGGUUGAUGGUGCGGUUGUGUUAGUUAGGGAGCUAACAUGGACCUGGGUUCGAUGCUCUACAAUAGUUUAAAAGAUGUGACAUGGAGCAGCACUACUCUGCCUCUGGACCGACUAGUGAGCGCGUACAGACUGCCUCAGAUUGUCCGACUGCAGUGCGGGGAAUCAGUGGAAGGGCUUAGAGAAAAUGACUACCUCUUGAUUCAUUCGUGUCGGCAGUGGACCACGAUCACCGCCCAUAGCCUGGAGGAAGGCCAUUAUGUCAUCGGCCCAAAAAUCGAGAUCCCGGUCCAUUAUGAGGGUCAGUUCAAACUGCUGGAGCAGGACAGGGACAUUAAAGAACCUGUACAGUACUUCAACAGUGUGGAGGAAGUGGCCAAAGCUUUUCCUGAACGGGUCUAUGUCAUGGAGGAUAUUACGUUUAAUGUUAAGAUGGCAUCAGGAGAAUGCAAUGAAGACACAGAGGUCUACAACAUCACACUCAACACGGGUGACGAGUUAACCCUCAUGGGCCAAGCGGAGAUCCUGUAUGCCAAAACGUCUAGAGAAAAGUCACGCCUCAACACUAUCUUCCGACGCAUCGGCAAGCUAAACUCAAUCGCUCGUCCAGGCCGUGGCAAGAUGCCGUGCCUCAUCUGCAUGAACCACCGCACCAAUGAGAGCGUGAGCCUGCCGUUCCAGUGCCGCGGCCGCUUCAGCACGUGCUCGCCUCUGGAGCUGCAGAUGCAGGAAGGCGAGCACAGCAUCCGCGCCAUCGUUGAGAAGACACGGCUGCCGGUUAACGUCACGGUGCCUGCGUGUCCGCCCCGCAACCCGCAUGACUUGCACCCAAUCCGUGAGGGCCACCGGUACAAGCUUGUCAAUGUGAGGACCAAGACGGUGGUGGUGUGCUGCAUAUUACGCCCCAAUGCUCUAUCGCCCGUGCAUUUUCCCUUGCACGUCUCGGCCGUGCUGCCACGUUUGCUGGUACCUGAGGGCCUGCUGCACGGCGAGGCGUGGCUGGAAAGUGUGGUUCACCGAUGGUUCGCGUACUGCCAGGAUCAGUUUGAUAUUGAUAACUACUCGAGAGCAGUGCGCGAUGUGAAGGGUGAUUGGCCAGAGGAUACCAAGAGCCCAAAAAAGAGUAGCACCUGUGGAAUAGAAAGAGGGGGUGGAACAGGAAACGGAGGUGGUGUUGGCUCCAACGGCUGCCCUGCCCACCUGCCCAGCUCGCUCAGUUCAGCCAGAGAUGAGCUUACUCAGUCCUUCCACCGACUGUCUGUCUGUGUUUACGGGAACAAUCUGCAUGGCAAUAGUGAGGUGAACCUGCAGGGCUGUGUUAGUCUCUAUGGGGAGUUUGUGCCUCCUGAUGCACCAGAUAUCGAUUAUCCAUUUCCAGAGCUGCUAGACAGCCUGUCCAGUCCACCCAAAGCCGACCUACCAUACGAGGAGCUGUGGCUGGACCAGGCAGAGACACGCAGCCCCACACAUGAGAAAAGUCAGGGCGUCAGAGGAAACGUAAACAUCUCUAGCUGCACGUCUGGCUCGUCAUACCCUACUGUGGGUUCUACUAGUGCUGCUUUCUUCAGUGCUGAUGUCAAUCUACCUCCACCCCCUGUGCCUCCUAAGUCUGAAGCUGUGAGAGAGGAGUGUCGGCUCUUAAAUGCUCCUCCAAUUCCUCCGAGAAGUUCCAAACAGACAAGCCUGAGCUCCAACACUGCUUCAGUGCCAUACCCACCCACCAAACCACGGCAGACAGACACUCGCUCCCCAAGCCCAACACUGUCCUACUACUCAUCUGGACUGCACAGCAUAAGAGGAGAGGGUGGGUCUCAAAAAGAAACAGAGGAGCAGAACAACACGUGUUGCAACUGGAGUCAACAAGAUGGCACCCAAGGCACCAGACAUGCAUCCUGCCUCAGCCCCUCCGCUGACACGGCACUCUCCCGUCUUUCUUGGCCAAACGACUUCUGUGGGGCAGAUUUCCACAAAAGCGAGGACUUCUCAUCAGCCCAUUGUCGCAGUUAUUCCAGCUACCCAAGGAAAAGGACUCCUGGCACCCCUAAGACUUGUUCCUCUGGCUUCUUUGAUCUCGAUCAAGGAGAAAAUUCUAAGAGGAGUACUACUUCCACAAAGGCUCAACGGCCUGCUCAGUUUUGUACUAAAUCCACUAGUUAUUCUUUGGAAACAUACAGUGACAAACCUAUUGAGGAAUGCAACACUAAACAAAGCCGGUCAUGCCCAAUAUUACCACCAAGAACCCCUAAAUCCAGCGAUGCAAAGAAGGACAGGGCCUGUGCGUCAGCGAAAGUCACCAGUAUUGACACUACACAACUGCAGGGUGAGAGAGAGACUCAAGGUUCUACCCCCUCCUGUCCUGCUGCUACAGGGCUACAGUGGCAACCGCCAAGCAACCUCUCCAGCCUUUCUAUAGAAGAAGUGUCUAAAUCACUACAUUUCAUUGGCAUGUCAGAGGACGUGGUCGGGUUGUUUGUCAGAGAGAAAAUCGAUGGCAAUUUGCUCUUGCAGCUUACAGAGGAGAUUCUGUCAGAGGACUUUAAACUAAGCAAACUACAAGUAAAAAAACUCAUGCAGUUCAUUGGUGGCUGGAGGCCUAAAAUGUAAGUUUGAUCAAACCAAACACACAGAACUAGUACACAGUGAAACAUUCAAUGUGCUGCAGCAGCAUAUGACCCUUUGGCCUUCAGUAUUGCAUUAGACUGUUUUGUAUUCACAUGCUAUGCACAGUCUAAAGCCUUGUAUUGAUUUACUGAUUUACUGGUUUGUAUAGUAUAAAUAUGUAUAAAAAUAUGAAUAUGGGGUGUUUUGUGUGUUAACUCGUGUUUAUUUGUCCCUAUGUAAUCUUUCUGUGACCUUAAGGUACCUGCACAACAACCUUAACACUUUGUUUAAAC